AGAGCCUAGUAAUCCGAUUUACAUCUCACAGCCAGCGAAGCGAAACGCGGUCGACGUGCUCAGAGGGAAGAAAACGAGGCAUUUUAAACAAGAUGAGCGGCGCCUCUCCGAGUAACAACGACAACAACAAUGACUCGGCGCCCGCCUCCCCAGUCCUCGAAGGCCGGGACUCGCCAGACCUUCCCCUGACCAUGGCGGCGUCCACAGUCCUGACGGCGCUCCCGCGUGACGCCACGGCCGCGCUCGCGGCGGCAGGCGGUUUCCCGCAGGAGAAGGUCGUGGUGCGGUUUCGGCCGGUCGGGUCGGCACCGGCGAUCCGGCGGGACCUGGUUAAGGUCGCGAGCACGCACAAGUUCGAGUCGGUCGUGGCGUACCUGAGGAAGAUGCUCAAGGUCGCGGAGAACGAGAGCGUGUUUCUGUACAUCAACAGCACCUUCGCGCCUGCGCUGGAUGAGGUGGUGGGGAACUUGUGGAGGUGUUUUAAAGACUCCAGCGAUCACCUCAACGUCGCGUACUCGGUGACGCCGGCGUUUGGGUAGAAGAAAUGUGGGAUUGCCCACCGGAAUCGGCAAAUGCCAAACCCCAGGGACGCCAAUUCCAAAAACAAACCGCUACAGAAUUGGCUAUCAACAUAUGGUAUCCGCC